GCAAACUGGCGAUGAUGCCCGGCUGCUGACGUGCGAUGUCUGCGACAAGGCCUAUCACGUCUACUGUGUGAAGCCAAUGGUCGGCCAAUGUUCCAAAGCAUGGCUGGAAGUGUCAGAGUUGCCGGGUGUGUGGGGACUGUGGCUCGCGAACCCCGGGGAGUGGGCCCAGCUCCCGGUGGCACAUGAACUACUCAGUGUGUGACAGCUGCUACCAGCAGCGCAAUAAAGGUGUCGCCUGUCCACUGUGCGGCAAGGCCUACCGGCAGUUCAACAACCGAGCGGACAUGGCCCAGUGCACUGUGUGUCGAAAGUUCAUUCACGUUGAAUGUGACAGCCAGCUUGCAAGCACUCCCAAAGAUGCCGACUACGUUUGUCCAGUGUGUAGCAACAUGAGGCAGCAGGCGGCGAUAUCACUGCCCGGCAAGACUGAGCUGUCUGUGAGAUUGAGGGUGCCAGCCUCCGAUGGGUCACCUGACUACAUGUUUAGCUCACAGAAGGACAUUGCAGCCUGUGGCAAUGACGACUCACGUUCCAGUAAUGACAAUGAUGUCCUGCAGAUGUCUUCAGGAGGCAUGCAGUCCCCCGAGAAUGAAUCCAAGUUCCCUCCUCCAUCCCAUCAUUCAUUAGGAAAGCCACCAUUUGCCCGCUUCCCAGGAAAACGGAGGUUUGGCGGUGUCGGACGAGCGAGAGCAACCAGUGGAAAGUUUGCUGCCAAACGGAGGGCGAAAGCCGUCGAGCUCCGUAGAAAGCGAGGACCAAAACCUAAGCUCAAGUCCUAUUAUCCCUGUUGGAAUGUUUCUCAGGGAGCCGCUGCUGGCACUCCUGAAGCCAAAGAUAAGCAGGAAGAGUCACAGAACAAGAUGGUUCUCUUCUCGGCCAACGAUGACUUCGUCUUGAGCCAGGACCUGUGUGCCAUGUGUGGCAGCUUUGGACGGGCCGAAGAAGGCAGGCUCAUCGCGUGCGCCCAAUGUGGGCAGUGCUACCAUCCUUACUGCGUCAACGUCAAAGUGACGAAGAUGAUCCUGAAGAAGGGAUGGCGCUGCCUGGAUUGUACGGUGUGUGAAGGCUGUGGCCAGCCGCACGAUGAGAGCCGGCUUCUGCUUUGCGACGAGUGUGACAUCAGCUACCACACGUACUGCCUGUCGCCGCCUCUCGAGACGGUGCCCCAGGGAAACUGGAAGUGCCGAUGGUGCGUGGUUUGCAUCCAGUGCGGGGCCACAGAGCCAGGCUACGGCUCACAGUGGCAGAAUAAUUACACCCAGUGUGGUCCUUGUGCCAGCCAGACUUCGUGCCCUCUGUGUCUGCUCAAAUACCAGGAGAACGACCUCGUCAUCCAGUGCGUCCAGUGUGAACGCUGGAUGCAUGGCCUGUGUGACCAAAUUUCCUCAGAAGAAGAUGCGGAGAAGUGUGCCGAGUAUGGGUACAACUGCCCUUACUGCCGUCCCAAGGACGAGCUGCCACCUCAUCUGCUGAUGGACUACACUGCUGCCAUGUCGCCAUCACCACCACCGCCUCCUCCAAAGCCAGAGACUCCCCCACCUUCACCACCACCUGCACCAACUGUGAAGCCAGUGAAAGAACUGGAGCCACCCCCGGUGCCCGUGAAACAGAAGCCGACGGUGCCGCAGUUCUACAUGGACGGCGUGUACCUGUCGGAGUCUGGUAUGCAGCAGAUCAAGGCACUGACCAUCGAGCAGCCCAAGCGGCAGCGAGUGCGACGGCCGCGCCAGCCCUCGGGGGGCCAACCUACAGCUCCGCAGGGCAGCACGACAACGCCGCCGCAGUCUUCCCUAUCGGCUGGCCUGUUCGGAUUCAGAAGCAGGCUCUCGACAGAGGACUCUGAAGACGGCAGCAAAGAUCUGCCAGACAUGGAUGUAGAACCUAAAAUGGAGGUAGACGAGGAGACAAAGUUAACUUCCGAAGAGGUUGCCAAACAGGAUGCUGAGAGCGAGCUGAAGAAAAAGCGCCAGCGCAAACUUCAAAAGCUUGGAAUCGGAGGAUUUGUCGCAAAAGCCAGAAGUCGGAGCGUCUCCGCCAAGGAACAGGAUGUGACGUUGCCUUUGGCCGGAGCUGGGGAGACAAGUUCAGAGGCAGCGCUUGCUGCGCUCUCUGGAGACGUGGCCGCCCCAGCCCCUGAGCCAGCAGCUGAAACAACAGGCACAACGGCAGAGAAGCCCAAGCGUCGGCGGCGAGUAAAAAAGAAAAACCCUUUGGAAGAUAGCUUUCCCUCAUACCUUCAGGAGGCGUUCUUUGGCCACGAGCUGCUUGUCACUAGCCGGACAGAACCAACUCCUGACAUGCCAAGUGAGGAUGACGAGGAUUCUACACUGGGGCGCUCUGAGGAUAACUCCAUCGUUGUCCUGGAGACGUCGCAGGAGAAAUCGGAUGAUGCUUGCGUUCCAUCGGACAGUGGUGCUCCCUCUCCUGCUCCUCACACCGCUGGUGGGAGCAAGGGAGAGAGCCCUGCUCUCCAUGACGACGGUACCUGUACUCCCAUCAA